CGCUGUCUUUCUCUCUAGUUUUGCGAGCACAAGUAGAGCCUGAAUUCAACAGUUACGUUCUGGUUGCGCAGACAAAUUGCUCAAAUGAAAGUAAUGACAGAGAGAAAGGGAGAGAAAAGUUCGGAUCCAGGUUUUUGGCGAGGAAACUGUUAAUUGGAUCUAAGUUGUAGUGUAGUAAACGUUUACACGUGGAAAUUUGUACAGCAGUUAAAUAUAAACUCGUGCUGAACGGAACGGAGCGCGUUCUCGAAACGCGGAAUAUCUUCACAGAUCAGAUGAGUCUGGAAUGGGGUACUGAUAGUUCAGGCCUCAUGUCAUGAAGCAGUCAGAUCAACUGCUGCUGCUGGCCCUGCUGGUCUGGAUGCUGCUCUUCCUUGCUGUCUUCACCUACUUUUCUGACUCCCAUCCGAACAGGCUGAGUUUCCUCACUGAAUCUCAACGCUCAGACUCUAUUCAGCAUAAUUCCCGAAACAGUAUGGCAUCCCGUAACAUCCGCUUGGGUUUGCAUGCAGAUAGGAGGGGUCCUUUCCAGAGUAGGCGAGUGUUUCGACUUCCUCUUAGUGGAGAUAAGCUGCUUCAUUUCAGGAAUUUUGGGAAAGGUCAGCCAGAUUUUAGGAAGCACAUUAUGAAUCCUCGGAAAAGCGACUACAGAGAUGAGUAUCGGUCGGUGGUUCGUGGUCUGUGGAAGGGACAAGGGUCCUUCAAAAUGCUAAGUCAACGACUUCAGCGAGCCAUGAAAGACUAUGUUCACAACAACAAGCACAAAGUUCUCUACAAAGGCCAGCGAAAGGCAGGUAGGAAUAGGCAGGAUUUAUUGUGUCAGAUAAAACAGCAAGCCCAGCUCCGGACUCUAGAUAGCUCUGAGCAGCCCUUUGCUCGUCUAGGCUUUCAACGGCUGAUUCCGGCUCAGCCCCUUCAGCAGGCGUACAGGACAUGUGCUGUGGUAACAUCAGCAGGGGCAAUCAUUAACUCAUUACUGGGACAAGAAAUUGAUUCCCAUGAUGCAGUGCUACGUUUCAAUGGUGCACCCUCCGAGGGCUAUGAAAGAGAUGUGGGCAGCAAGACAACCAUUCGUAUCAUUAACUCUCAGAUUCUAGCAAACCCCCACCACAAAUUCAACAGCAGUUCACUCUAUAAGAAUAUUACCUUGGUAGCCUGGGAUCCUGCUCCUUAUAAUGUUGACCUGGAGAAGUGGUACCAGCAUCCUGAUUUUGACUUGUUUACUCCAUACAUUGCUCACAGAAAGAAGUUCCCUGAGCAGCCCUUUUAUAUCCUGCAUCCUUCCUUUAUCUGGAGACUCUGGGAUAUAGUUCAAAGUAACAUGCAGGAGAACAUUCAGCCCAACCCUCCUUCCUCCGGAUUUAUAGGUAUAGUCCUGAUGAUGAGCCUAUGCGAGCAGGUCCAUGUGUACGAGUACAUCCCCUCUAUGAGACAAACAGAUUUGUGCCAUUACCAUGAGAAAUACUACGAUGCGGCCUGCACCUUUGGAGCAUACCACCCUCUGCUUUAUGAGAAACUGAUUGUCCAGCGCAUGAGCACAGCUUCUGAGGAUGACCUCAAGAAAAAGGGAAAGGUCACACUGCCGGGAUUCUCUAACGUCAUCUGUCCAUCAUGAUGUUUCGCCCCAGACUUGGCCUAACGAGAUUUAUGAGUGUCCAAGAGAGUGCAGACCCCUCAGACUUAAACCGCAGUCAAACAAAACUUGACAGUCUAUUCACUUCCAUUCAUACGCAUGCGAAUGCAUUAGACAGGAAACGCAAGCUCAUGCUCAAGUUUUGUUUUCCACUGCGUACCACAAUUAAAAUUUGGUGAAAUCUGACAUAGCCAACAGACAUUUGACCAAUAAAGGAUCUACAGUAAAUGUCACAGAUUGAGCUUUUCAAUGAAUUAUAUAAGAGCACAAACUUAAAAGCCGCAUGGUUUGCAUAAGUGGAGUAACACUGCAUACUGAAGGCCUAGUGUGGCCGCAGAAUUAAAGGGGGUUGCACACCGGACAUGUCUAGCGGACAACACGGCACAUUCUAAAAUUCUAAACAACUGUUUUCUACGAAUGUACACACACCACCGCCAACAGACGCCGAGUGGCCGACUCUGAGCUAUGACUCUGAAGGGUGCUCAAAAGUCUGCAGUGUUAUUUUGGUUUGACCGCUUGAAUGAAGCCUAUUCAAGCCUAUAUACGUAUAUAUAUAUAUAUAUAUAUAUAUACAC